AUGGCCAGCUCCAAAGUCGUAGGUUCGUUGUUGUUCAUUGCUUUGCUGAUGGUGAUUCUGGACUUGGCAUUUGCAGCUAGGUCAUCCCAACGAUCACCAUCAUCGAGUGCCAUUGGAUCGUCAUCGUUGUCUGGCACCGGCUACAGUUGGUCGACAUCGUCAUCCUCCGUCGGUGGAUCCUGCCGUCGUCGUCGAUUAUCCUCAGCUCGCAGGGGGACGCCCUGCACUGGUAAUGGAUAUGGUGAAGGAGUUGUAGCUGUUGAUUGUCAAAAUCGGUAUGGCUCGCGGUUCGGUGGAGGUGGAGGAGGAGGAGGUGGUGGUGGUGGAGGGGGAGGAAAUAGAGGCGGCGGCGGAGGAGGAGGAGGCGGCGGCGGAGGUGGAGAUAGUGACUUUAAGGUCGUGGCGAGAAGUCGGCAUGGCCAUGUGGAAGGCGGUGUUGGUGGUGUAAAAGGUGGGAGUCCUAACAAAGGCGGUUCGGAGUAA